AUAAAAUACGUAUGUAACACCCUAAAAGCAUAUCUUGAGAGUGAGAGAAAAUGAGUGACAGAGGUGGAGAUGCAGUGAGAGGGUUGGGAGCCUGUGAUAACACCUGUGGCUGUACAGUUCCAUGCCCUGGCGGUUCUUCUUGCAGGUGCAGGAGUGCUGCCACUACAGCUGGAGGGGGUGACCACGUGACAUGCACGUGUGGAGAGCACUGUGGAUGCAAUCCAUGCUCAUGUCCCAAAACUGCUGCUGCUGGAAGUGGAUGCAGAUGUGGUUCAGAAUGUGCAUGUGUCUCUUGCCGCAGUUAAAUAACAUCAUAGUUUAAACCAGCUAGAAUUAGCCCUAAUAUAUGGUUUCUACUAUUAGAUAUAUCUACAUAAGUAAUAGGUGGUUGGCUACAUAACUCGUGUAUGUUAAGGUUUUUCCUUGUGCACGUGCUGCUAUGUUAUGCCCUGUUGUACUUGAAAACCAUCAAUCAUAUAAAUAAAAUAAGUAUUAA